CACAACUUUCAUUCCCACAAUUCAGUGUGGCAGAGCCGGUUUUUUCAAGGCAUCAUGGCGGAUCCCAGAGACAAGGGACUUCAAGAUUACAGAAAGAAAUUGCUUGAGCACAAAGAAAUUGAUGGACGCUUGAAAGAAUUGCGUGAACAACUGAGAGAACAGACAAAACAGUAUGAAAAAUCAGAAAAUGAUCUGAAAGCUCUACAAAGUGUUGGACAGAUUGUUGGUGAGGUCCUGAAGCAGCUAACAGAGGAAAAAUUCAUUGUCAAAGCAACCAAUGGCCCACGAUAUGUGGUUGGAUGCAGACGGCAGCUGGAUAAGGCUAUGCUCAAACCUGGUACUAGAGUUGCAUUGGAUAUGACCACUCUGACUAUCAUGAGGUACCUUCCCAGAGAGGUGGACCCCCUUGUGUACAACAUGUCUCAUGAAGACCCUGGCAGCGUCUCCUACUCUGAGAUCGGAGGCUUGGCUGAGCAGAUCAGAGAGCUCAGAGAGGUGAUUGAGCUGCCUUUGACCAACCCUGAGCUCUUCCUGAGGGUGGGCAUUAUCCCCCCUAAAGGCUGCCUGCUCUACGGACCCCCAGGAACUGGAAAGACACUUUUGGCCAGAGCAGUUGCUAGCCAGCUUGACUGCAAUUUUCUAAAGGUGGUGUCCAGCUCCAUAGUGGACAAGUACAUUGGUGAGAGCGCUAGGCUGAUCCGAGAGAUGUUCAACUACGCCAGGGACCACCAGCCCUGCAUCAUCUUCAUGGAUGAGAUCGAUGCCAUAGGUGGUCGUCGUUUCUCUGAGGGGACGUCUGCAGACAGAGAAAUCCAGAGGACACUGAUGGAGCUGCUGAACCAAAUGGAUGGCUUUGACACCCUGCACAGAGUGAAGAUGAUCAUGGCCACCAACCGUCCGGACACGCUGGACCCUGCCCUUCUAAGGCCAGGGAGACUGGACCGCAAGAUCCACAUCGAACUGCCCAAUGAGCAGGCUCGGAUGGACAUUCUGAAGAUACACUCUGGACCAAUCACUAAGCAUGGAGAGAUGGAUUACGAGGCCAUUGUGAAGUUGUCUGAUGGAUUUAAUGGAGCUGAUUUAAGGAACGUGUGCACUGAAGCAGGUAUGUUUGCAAUCCGUGCUGACCAUGAGUAUGUGACCCAGGAAGAUUUCAUGAAGGCUGUUCGCAAGGUUGCAGAUUCUAAGAAACUGGAAUCCAAGCUGGACUACAAGCCUUUAUGAUAGUACCACCAACCAACCUAUCAGGAGAUAUAUGGUAAUUUGAGUCUGGAAAGAGUAAAGGAAGAGACGACAAAAGCAAACAUAUGUGUUUUACUGUAUUCCAAAUGUAUAUUUCAAAGACAUAAUUUUAAAUGUUUAUUUAAUACAGACUUAUGUGGUGAAAUGUUUGGUUUUUAUUUUCGUAUUUUGCAUAAGAAUACAUAUUUAAAUAAACUGUCAACAAUCUUAUGUCCAAUCAUAUGAUUCUCUUAAUGCCCAUUCAGAGGUUACUGAGUAAUACACCAGUCAGUGUAAAAUAUCCUUAUGGAUUUUUGGAAUUCAGAGUCAGAACCACAGAUGUACUUUUCAUUUUUGCAUUCGACAGUUUCACUAGUCUGAUUCAAGAAAUGGUUGAGAUUUAUGGCUGACUUUGUACCAUAUUAAAGUUAUCGUCAUAACUCCACUAAAUAGUGGAGAAGCCAAAAUUGAAAUUUCUGACUUAAAGGGGCAAAUUGUAUUUGCCACAAACAUUUUUAGACUUAGAAAUUAUUGAUAUGUACCCAUUGACUCUUGAAGAAUAUAACUUAUAAAUGCCUCAUGAGCUUAGUUCAACUGUCGUACCCCAUCAGAACCCAAAAUAUAAGCUUGUUUUACUCAUGUUUUUAAACAAAGUAAAGGUAAACAAACACUAUAUAGCCUCAACAUGGUUACAACUAUAAUUUUGAUAUCAUGGAAGGUCAGUCCUUGCAUCCAUAGCUUUGUCUAUGAAUUUGAGCGGUUACAUUUCUGCAGCCCCAUCCCUCAGCAUUUUACAGAAAUAGCUGCGAGACACGCUUUGUUAUUGUUUCAAUUGCUGAUUGCUGCUUUAAAAUUAAUCGUAUCACUACAGGUUAAUGUGCCUUGUCGUUAACUGUAAAUGUCUUCACUGGCAAGCACAAAAAUGUUCCUUCUGUCUUUGAUGUUGAAUUUCAGAAAAGAUGCCCCUCUAAAACUACUGCUGCAAUAAAAAUGUCACCCAAUCAAUA